ACGCGUCUCAUCCUGGAAUCCACCUUCCUCCUCAUCCGACCAACGUCUCAUUCUUCUGAACUGCUCCCUCCUCUUCUGAAUCUUUCUUUCCUUUUUCACACCUCAUCUCUUCCAACUCAUCCAUCACAUAGCCUUCAAGAUCCACUCAGCACUACACCCUCUCCCGCAACGCGUCUCUGCUCCACCUCCGGUUUAGCGCCCCCAUCCCCAUUGCUGGGGACGCAACAAGAUAGCCGUAUCUUGACGAGUUGAUAUGACGAUGACUACUCUCAACGCGCCGGGGAGUCCACCCUCCUUGGAGCGCGUAGACGAUGUCGCCCGACGCGUGCUUUCGAUUGACGACCCCGACGCGCCCACCCCUGCUUGGUUCAUCGGCAUCCUUCACAGGUUCCUUACUGAACACCCAGGCGAUGAUCAUUUCAUUCUGGAGCUCCCCGACUCAGCUGAGCCGGCCCGUGGCGGGAACGGCUACGGGGCAGUCACCUGCAUGGAGGACGAGUGCUGGAGCAAUAUCAACUUAUCAGCCGACCCGGACCGUCCUGAUGGCGGCAAGUCCUACGGCGUGGGCAGCCUCUGGGAAUACGCCAUGCACUGUCAGAUCCCCGACCACAUAAAGUGUCGAACGCAGCGUCUGAGACGGAUGGGCCAUGUUCUUCCCGAGGCAUUAUCCACCGCCGUGUUGCCACGAGAUGUUGCGCGUGAUUUCUCGUCCCCUCAAGCGGGACCGUCGCGCUUUGCAUAUAACGCCGCGCCUAAGCACAACGCAUUCAGUUUGAGUUUUAGCCCCAUCCUUCGGAAUCAGCCAGUCAAUCAUCCCGCGUUGACCCCCUCAUCCAGUCUGAUACGCCGGCCCGAUUUUAUUGACAGCGACAGCGACAAUGACGACGGCAACGACAGCGAUAGCGAGAUAGAGUUCAUGGGUAGAAAGUCCCCAAGCUUGGCUAUCGUCGAUGUCGGUGACAGCGACGAAGAUGUCAAGCCCGCCAUCGGCUCUUCGCAAUUGUCGCACCCUAGGUCUUCACAGGCGAAGACUCCUGCUGGAGGCCAAUCUCGACGCUGGAUUCCGGUGUGGUCCGCCAUGAGUCUCAGCGACCGCCGGCUUGCGAUCACCCAGGAGCUACGUGACCUCAGCAAACCAUCAACGCCGAGCUCGUUUGAGGCCAUACGUGCCGUCAGCCGUCGUCGGGAUGCCCUCCGCGUCGUCGAGGGAUCAGGCUGCCUAAUGCAAUGGACUCCGCCUGACCCACUUGUCUUCCAGGCUUUCUCGAACCUUUAUGUACACCCUCGACUGGCUGGCACUUUUGAGCGCUUAAAGCCGGCGCUCAGUGAGCCCGCAGCUGGUCCUUCAGGCCACACAAGCACCCCAGUGGCCGGGCCCUCGACUCAGCAUGCCACACCUGGUGCCUACGCCGAGUUCGUGCGCUCGCUCGCAAGCAGGGCUGCUGUCCUCCCAGAAGUUGUCAAGGCGGCGUGGCAGCGCAUCGGUCAGGACAGUCGCAUGGCUUCGCUCAUGAAGGAGCACAACGUACUCAAGCAGGCGCUGACUCGCUACGAUGUUGACCCCCGGUUCCAGGGAGUCGCGUUUCUCCUUCGUGACCGGUUGAAUUCACUCAACAAGGUGUUUACGAAUGGCACGUGGAUGCCGCCAUCACUCCAACUCCUGCGGUUUAUUCCAGAACUCCGCCACACGGUGCACCCUUCCCUCCUUCCGUAUCUGCCUGCCAUCCCCGAUGAAGGUGACGAUCUUGAUGCUUUUGGCAUGCGGGAGGAGUGGAAUCGCCCAACGGGUCCGGCUCUGACCGACUACUUCAAGGACGCUCUGCAUGACUUCCAAGACGACGCUACUGUCGAGGAGGCCAGCAAGGUCUUGGGUCUCGACGCCAACACCGAGCGUCUUCCUGGGGCUAAUUUCACUCUCAUGGCGCACCAGGUUUUGGGUGUGGCCUUCAUGGUGAAGCGCGAGCAGCGUACUGGUAAGGGUGGCCGCGGCGGCAUGCUUUGCGACGCAAUGGGUCUUGGAAAGACGAUCCAGACUAUCGGGCUUAUGCUGGCGCGUAAUGAACGACCGCCCGACUUCGAGCGCGCACCCCAGCUCAUUGUGGCUCCUCUGGCCCUCCUAACUCAAUGGAAGGGGGAGAUUGAGGAAAGGACUCUAAACGGGUGGCGGGUCUACAUUCAUCACGGCCAGGGUCGGCUCAAGUCUGUGGCCCAAAUCCGCAACUUCGACGUUGUACUCACGACUUACGGUACUCUGUGCUCCGAGUCGGGCAUCACGAAGGCGAAGAAGAAACAGCGUCUCGCUAGCUCUGACGACGAAGCAGACGAUUAUGUGGCCAAGAAGAAGCGCGGCCCUCUAUUCAAGAUCGAUUGGUUCCGCGUAGUGCUUGAUGAGGCCCACAACGUGCGGAAUCGCCAGACCAUUUCGGCGCGCGCUGUCCUUGAACUCGACGUGCUCCACGCGUGGUGUCUAACUGGCACUCCUAUUGUCAACUCGUUGGGCGAUGUUGGGCCACUUCUCGAGUUCAUUGGUGCGAUGGACAUCUCAGAGUAUCAAUCCCAAGUCGUCAAGCGUGAGAAGAGAACACCGAAGAACGCGGCUCGCAGGUGUCAGGCGAUCCUUAAGCCGCUUAUGCUGCGCCGCAACAAGGAGACAGAGCUCAACGGGAAGCGGAUUCUUGAGCUUCCGCCGAAGACCGUCAACUUGGCGUAUCAAGAAUUCGAAUUAGAUGAGCGCGCCAUCUACGCCGCAAUCGAGCAGCGCGCUCGUGUGAAGGUUACCAAGUAUCUCAAGGCUGGCACUGUUCUGAAGAACUACCACGUCGUUCUGGUCCUGCUUACGCGUCUUCGUCAGGCUGUUAACCACCCCUGGCUUCUGCGCCGCAAGCCCGGUGACGAAGGUGCAGAGGACGAUCUCCUUAUCGACGACGCAGCAUUCGGUGCGGACCUGGGGCAGUGUCGCGACAAUGACGAAGCUGAAUUCGGCCGUGCCGUCGCGAUUCUGGGAAAGCCAGUCGUGGAUGUUUUAGUCAAGAAGCUGCAGGAGCGUGACGAGCGCAUGAAUGACGAAGACGACACGAAUCAGGAUGUUGAUUGCUCCAUCUGCUAUGAACCAUUCGACGGCACGGAAGUCAUCACCCCGUGUGGGCACCUGUACUGCAGAGCGUGCAUCUCAAAUUACUUCAUAUCGCCAGUCCGCGACGCAAGCGACCUCACCGACGAGGAUGUCAACGCCGGAUGCCGUUCCUGUCCUAUGUGUCGCUCUAAAUUACAGCCCGGGCACGUCUUCCGCUGCGUAGCGUUUUUCCGUCCGCAGGUGGCGCCACCCAUGGCGGAAGAGGAGAAUGAUGUGAUUGAGGAUAUCAAGCCCGACGUCAAGCCCAGCAUCGAAGGCGACCGCAAAGGCAAGAAGCGCGCGAAUGCAGCUGAGGCGUUCUUCGGCGGCUUGAAGACCGACUUGACAAACGAGGAUGAGAAACCGGACCCGAAGCGUAAGCGCGGUGACAGCAAGGGCAAAGGCCGGGCGACCUCGGUGGACGAUGACUCGGAUGCCGACUUCCUCGAGGAGCAGAUCCCUCCAUCCACGAAAAUGCGCCGCACGCUUGAACUUGUCCAACAGUGGCUAGACGAGGACCCGACCACAAAAAUCCUGAUCUUUUCCCAAUUUACUGCCUAUCUGGACCUUCUUCAGGCGUUCCUCAAAGACAACGGCAUCACAACCGUCGGCUAUCGCGGAAGCAUGAGCGCCUCAGCCCGUGAAGAAGCAAUUCGUCGCUUCCGUACCCCAUCUGGCAUUACUGACCCACUGCCCGUGAUGCUGAUUAGCACCAAGGCAGGUGGGGUGGGUCUCAAUCUCACCAUGGCGCACAAGGUCAUCAUGUGCGAUCUUGCGUGGAACCCGGCCACAGAGCAGCAGGCGGUUGAUCGCAGCCAUCGUAUUGGUCAGAGCAAGGCCGUGGGCGUGGAGCGCCUCAUCAUCCGUGAGACCGUGGAGGAUCGACUCCUCGCUAUCCAAGAGCACAAGGGCCUCCUGGCGGAUGGUGCCAUGGGCGAGGGUGCGAUCGGUCGCCUUGGUCGUUUGACGCUGGACGAUAUUCGCAAGCUGUUCGCUAUCUCUGCAAAUGAUGAGGAGUAGAACCUAUGCAGGGGGCGCGCUGUUGUAGUGGUCUGUCUCUAAUCAUACAGGCAAUGUAGAUGUCUCAGGUUGUAGAUGUUUCAGGUUGUAGAUACAGAAUCAAUGUACAGCGCACAUGAAAG